GAUCUUGACACAGAAAAAUUCUCUUCCCCCGCCCAAGUUACUCGAUUGCAAUUUGCUUAUUUUCCAGGUACUCGUCAGCUAAAAUCAUAACACCAUCAUGAUUUGCAGUACACCUCUUCUUUCUCUUUUCCACGACCUUUUCAUGAUCGUUAUAAAUACCCUCCACCGGUUAUCAUUGUUUGCAUCUGCUCGUUUUCUCCGCUCUUGUUUCAGACUAAACUCUAUUGGGUUGCAGUCGGUUUCCCUAUUCUUUUCUUUUUGCUUUGUGUUUUUCUUUCUCAAAGCAAAUUGAUACUAUUGGUGUUGGAUUGGAGGAGAGAAGAUGACAGUUGGUGCAGGAAUCAGUGCGAGUGAUGGGGGAUUGAUGGUGUUGGGGAAGAGAGUAUUGCAUGAUCUGAAGGAGAACAUAGUGGUGACGCCUGCAUCAGGAGCCGCUCUCAUCAAUGGAGCAUUUAUUGGUGUUACCUCGGAUCAGAUUGGGAGUCGCAGGGUCUUCCCGAUUGGGAAGCUUGAGGGAUUACGGUUCAUGUGUGUUUUCCGGUUCAAGUUGUGGUGGAUGACACAGAGAAUGGGUAAUUGUGGGCGAGAUAUACCAUUUGAGACCCAGUUUUUGCUGGUUGAAGUGAACGAUGGUUCUCAUUUUGACAAUGGAGAUGAAGACCAAUCUGCUUUAUAUGCUGUGUUUCUACCAAUUCUUGAGGGAGAUUUCAGAGCUGUUCUUCAGGGGAAUGAAGAUAAUGAAUUGGAGAUUUGUUUGGAAAGUGGAGAUCCUGCUGUUCAUGAAUUUGAGGGGAGUCAUCUGGUUUUUGUGGCGGCUGGAUCUGACCCUUUUGACAUCAUCACUAGUGCUGUGAAAACUGUCGAGAAACAUUUGCAGACCUUUGCUCAUCGUGAGAGAAAGAAGAUGCCGGACAUGUUGAACUGGUUUGGCUGGUGUACCUGGGAUGCCUACUACACUGAUGUCACUGCAGAGGGUGUGAAGCAAGGAUUAGAAAGCUUGGAGGAAGGUGGAAUUCCCCCAAAAUUUGUUAUAAUCGAUGAUGGAUGGCAAUCUGUUGGCACGGACUACAGCAGCAUUGAAUUCAAAGCUGAUAACUCAGCCAACUUUGCAAACAGAUUAGCUCAUAUAAAAGAGAACUACAAGUUCCAGAAAGAUGGCAAAGAGGGUCAGAGAGUAGAGGAUCCAGCUCUAGGGCUUCGCCACAUUGUCAGCUAUAUAAAAGACCAACAUGGUUUGAAGUAUGUUUAUGUGUGGCAUGCAAUAACCGGAUACUGGGGAGGUGUUAACCCUGGUAUUGCAGAAAUGGAGCAUUAUGAAUCGAAGGUGGCCUAUCCUGUUUCAUCACCUGGUGUUCAGUCCAACGAGGCUUGUGAUUGUCUGAACAACAUAACUCAGAAUGGACUUGGCCUUGUGAAUCCUGAGAAAGUUUUCAACUUCUAUGAUGAACUCCACUCUUAUCUUGCCUCAUCUGGCGUUGACGGUGUCAAAGUUGAUGUUCAGAACAUCCUGGAAACUCUAGGGGCAGGUCAUGGUGGAAGGGUAAAACUCGCAAGAAAAUACCAUCAAGCAUUAGAAGCAUCUAUCUCAAGAAACUUUCCCAAUAAUGGAAUCAUCUCUUGCAUGAGUCAUAACACAGAUGGUUUGUAUAGUGCAAAACGAACAGCUGUUAUACGAGCAUCCGAUGAUUUCUGGCCUAGAGAUCCUGCAUCACAUACAAUUCAUAUUGCAUCAGUUGCUUAUAAUACAAUUUUUCUUGGGGAAUUUAUGCAGCCAGACUGGGAUAUGUUCCAUAGUUUACACCCAAUGGCUGAAUAUCAUGGAGCAGCUCGCGCUGUAGGUGGAUGUGCUAUUUAUGUGAGUGACAAGCCUGGACACCAUGACUUUAAUCUUCUGAGAAAGCUUGUGCCUGAUGGUUCUAUAUUGAGGGCAAAACUUCCAGGAAGGCCGACAAGGGAUUGCUUGUUUAAUGAUCCUGCCAGAGAUGGGAAAAGCCUUUUAAAGAUAUGGAAUAUGAACAACUUCACGGGCGUAAUUGCUGUAUUCAAUUGUCAAGGAGCUGGAUGGUGUCCGGUUGGGAAGAAAAACCUUAUUCAUGAUCAACAACCAGGCACAAUCACUGGUCUUGUUAGAGCCAAGGAUGUAGAUUAUCUGCACAAAGUUGCUAAUGAAGGUUGGACAGGAGAUGCUAUCUUAUAUUCUCACCUUGGUGGCGAGGUAGUUUAUUUGCCAAACGAUGCAUCUUUGCCGAUUACACUGAAGUCUCGAGAAUAUGAAGUUUUGACCGUGGUUCCAGUGAAGGAAUUUUCUAGUGGAGUUAAACUGGGUGCCAUUGGUCUACUCAAGAUGUUCAAUUCAGGAGGAGCCAUUAGUGAGUUGGAGUAUGAAUGCAGUGCAAGCGUGAGAAUGAAGGUUCGAGGAUGUGGGUUGUUCGGGUUCUACUCUUCAGCUCAACCGAAGAGCAUAACAGUGGAUGGAGAGGAGAUGGAGUUUAGAUAUGAAGAAGAAAGUGGCUUGACCUCACUUAAUCUCAGAGUUCCCAAGGAAGAGCUGUACCUUUGGAGCAUGCAUAUUGAGUUAUGAACUCAAAUUCUUUGCAUUUAAAUCCCCAUUGGAUCCAACACUAAAUUUGCUCCUCAUGUCUUUAUCUAUAUAACAAGAUGAUAGAUUAUACAUAUAUAUAUAUAUAUAUUUUAAUAUCAGAGAUUCAAUUUUAACUCUUAUUAUACUGCAUAUUACCUUAUACUUCAAAAAAAACA